AUGAAGUUAGCCUUAUCAAAGAGACCCAUUCAGCGAUGUGUGUUCCCAAAGAAGUUGCUCCAGGAGCAGGGACCCAGACCACCGGUGUACUCCCCUCCACCCAGCGCCCAUGACCCCAACAUAGUGGGAGACAGCCCUCCAGAGGGGAGCUCAGUCAAAAGCCCCGACAGUGUUCCAGGUAUUCGAUCGGCAUCGAUGGGAACACAACACCCAGAUAGGAAGAAGAUUAGGGAGACGAACCCCAACGAGGAGAAGUUUUCAGAAGCCGGAGGAGGAGGAGGCAGAGGAGAGAGUCCACUGCGGCCCCCAGGCAUGAAUCCCAUCAUCAACUCCACCUCUACCACCAACAUGUCCCUCAUCAGCAACGCACUGGCAGCCUACACUUAUAUAUCAGACCACCCAGAGAGGGCAGCGCUCUUCUUCGUCUGCGGUGUGUGCUUGGGCCUCUUCCUCACACUCUUCGCCCUGGUGGUCCAGAUCUCCUGCCGCACCGACUGCCAGCCCCGCCAGCGGCCUCCUGCCAAGAAGCGAGCGCGCCCCGCCGACUCGUCCUCUGACUCCAGCGACUCGGACUCAGACUGGGACACCACUUCAGAUCUGUCGGCGAGGCGGCACCGGCGAUUCGAACGCACACUAAACAUGAAUGUGUUCACGUCGGCGGAGGAGUUGGAGAGGGCGCAGAGGCUGGAGGAGAGGGAGCGAAUCAUCCGGGAGAUCUGGAUGAACGGGCAGCCUGACAUCCCCGGGACACGGAGCCUCAAUCGGUAUUACUGAGGACUUUAGGGGCUUUUUAUAGGAAGCUUACUUGAACAAAAUUUAGGACGCACUUGGGUUGGAAGAGGCACGAGACACAGACAUGAAGCUUUAUCGUGCAAACUGACACUGAUGAGACCGGUGAAAGGUUUGGCAGACUUGGGACGAAAGUGCUCCCACUCUGCUGGUUUGCAUUCUCCUCUGGGUAUCAUAAGCUGUACCCCGUUCAGUAAGAGAAUAAGCUCCCUCUCUGCGUGGUAAGCUCACCUCUUUCUGCCGGAAGCACGAGGUGAAAGGCUACACCGCCUUGCCCGUGACCUCAGCACGCCUUUUUGAAGUGGGGAUUUAUGGGUUAGCCACCUUAGACACACAUAGGCCUGUGGAGGCUACAUGGUGACUGAAGGACCAAGGCCUCAGAUGGCUCUGCUUUACACAGAAUGCAAGGCAGCUGCAAAAAGACUGCGACACUCAGAGCGUCACGCUCGGCACCCUCCAGUAUUCAAGUGUGGACUUAACAGAGGGGCCGCGUAACGCAGGACGAAGCGUACGACGGGACAACGUGAGACAAUCUUUCCACAGUGAAUAACCAUGCUGCCUUUUGAACUUUAUAAAAACCAAAAGAUAUUUUUGGGGGAAUUCAUCUCAACCCUUAUGAAAUCUAUUUUAUAAUAUUUAAUAGUUUAUUGGUGUUGUGUAUUUUUGUUCUCAAGUAUGGUUUAUUAUGAGAUAUUUUUUAUACUUGGCGAAGGUUGUCUGGCACCUCAGGGAUGCAAUCCUAGUGUUUCUGUGUUUGGUUGAUGUAUUUGCUUCCUAAAAAAAAAGGGGGGGAUCGGCCCAUUUAAACAGCUAAUGUCAGCAUUUAAAGAAAAGAUUUAGAAAUAUCAUAUAAAGAACCUCAAAGAGGUUUAGUGAUUUAACCUUUUUUUUUUUUUUGAUACAGUAUGUUUAAUUCACAGUGCAGUGCCUUUUCUAGCUAUUAAGUCACUGUUGUCACGAGUGCAGCUGGUGAAUAACCCAAUAACUGGUCACAUGAUUGAUCAUAUAUGUAUUCCCUUUUAUUAUUACAGUUGCUGUCUUGGUCACACGUUGCACUUGCUGUUCAGCCCAGAUGCAAAUGACCAGAAUAUGCCAGUGCAAAUUUUAGGUCUUGUGUCAACUUACUUCAAAGAUCCUAGUGCUACACCAGAUGUUUGUGGUAACCUCUGUUCAUCAUCUGGAGAAGGAACUAGCACUGGAGGAAAGGUUCGCAUCGAACGUGACACCUGCGUCUCUUAAAUCAUGUCGCCAGUUUAAUAAAAUAAGCUAUUGUCAGUCCAGUUCUGUUUGCGCUGCCCUGGAUUCGAGCGUAGAGAUAUUAAUAGUUUUCAUAAAGAGCUUGCUACUUUCCUGACUGAGAGUUUAACUUGAGAGCACACAGGACAUAUUAGGGGUCAUCCGCAUAAAGACUGCCACUCUAUAUAGUUUUUAUAAAGACAGUUAUUAUGUUUAAAAUUUGAAUGGGAUUAAAAUGUGCCGAUAGCUGGUAAAGUGAGACCAAAAUAUGACUCCUGUGCUUGAAAUAAACUGUGUUGAAAAAAAUGUUUUGUUUGUUUGUUUAAAAUGUCACUUCAAAUAAUAGUAUAAUAAUAGAAUGUAUUUGAUAUAGCACCUUUCACAGAAAUGAAAUUCACAAAGUUCCAGCCGGGAGGACACAAAAGCAUGGAUAAUCAUCUCCAGCUCAGGUCGAGACACCUCAGGCCUGAUCUUUGCAAUAUUUCUUUGCUGAAUAAAACAAGUAUGGGUCAGUGGUUGAACAUGAUGAUCAAAAUGCAUGGCCUGAUCAAAAAUAACACCAAGAUUCCUGAAAUUUGACCGUAUAGCUGACGAAAAGGCCCCAAUAUGGUGCAUGAUGCUUGUAUUCUACUCCAAUCAUGUACAGUGCUUGCUCUAUACUGUGGCAGUCUGAGAUAGGAACUGCUGUAAUCUCAUAUUAAUGUCAUACUAUAC